AUGGCCCAUGCUUCGCAGCUCCGGCUCUCUCAAGGAGAGUUGGAGGCCGUGUUUGCUGAAACUGCCGAGCGCUUCGGCACUCCUGCAGACUCCGGAGAGCCAGCACUGGCCUUCGAGCUAUUUGUCGAGCUCCUUGUUGAAACUGCUCGCAGGCAGUUUGUGGACCUGAAAGACACAGAGUCCGCCGCUGCCUUGUUCGAG